UUUAUAAUAAUAGUAUUUAUCAAGUAAUGGAGGUUUUACUGAAAUAGGUGUUAUUUGGCGGUAGUCCAUAUCACUGGUUAUUUGUUUAGAAUUAUUUUGUUUAAUUCUAUUACCAUUAGAAUGUGUGUCAACGCUCAUGUAAUACGUUAUAUUAAGUCUAUAGACUGCUCACAUUCUAACAUAGCCCAUCACCUUUACUACCGAAAAUUCCUUUCAUAUUAGCCAUCAAUCUUUUACUGCUAUUGCGACUUUUAUAAUGAGACACCUUCAGACAAAUUUGCUUACCUGAAGAUCCCUCGUUUUGAGGUGAAACAUGUGUUGCAAAACGUGCGUGAAUGAAAUGGCAGUCAAAGAUUAAUGGUUAACACGGAAAGUUGUAGAACUUCUGGUGGAAAUGACGGUGUUCAAUCUUCAAGUGUUAGUAGUACAUAUGCUUAUAGCAGCGAAAUUUAAACUAUUGUAAUGAAAUAAUCAUGUAUGUUUAUUGAUUUAUUUCUUUGAUUCGAAUUUACUAAAGCUUUCUUCUAUAGUACUAUUGUACAUUAAUACAAAAUUACAUUGUAUUGUAAUUUUUAUAAAAGUUAGUAGACGUAGUCUAAUAGUGAAGUACCAAUACAAUAAACAGAAUUACUUUGUGGCAGUGUGACAGCAAAUAUUGGAACAAGUGGUUUGACAAAAUCGUAACUCGUGUCGAUCGAACAAACAGACGUAAAAUAACAAUUUAAACGUAUGCCGACUUGAAAUUAAAUUAAUAUGUCUGUCUUCGGCAGCAUUUACAAUUAUUAUUACUGGUAAAUUGUAAAUAUAUUUUAAUAUAUAAUGAAGAUUGCUGCUGUGUUUUUUUGCAUUAUAAUUGUACCGGUUUAUUCUGCUUCAUUUUUUGAUGAAUUUCGUGGAGCUAUGUCGUCAAUUGAAGACAGUUUCGGUAAGUUGGUGAGUGAUGUUGUAACUGAUGUGUCAGAAACUAUAGGGUGUACUAUAUUGGCAGUUAAAGAAGUGUUAUCAUUAAAUCCAGUGUUCCAUGAAUCUUCUGAUUAUGAUAAAAGAUGUAGAGGGUCAACAGAUCAAAGUAUGGUGCCAGAAGUAGAAAAUAGUUAUACAUCGCAAACUGGGACUAGCAAUGAUAACAAGCAAUAUUUAUCUGAUGGACUAUCUCGGCAGAUAAAAGAGUCCAUUACUCAGGCUAAAGAAACCGGGCUCAAUUUAAUUAACAAAUACGACUCUCAUAAAGAAAUAAAAGCCAUAGGAGAAACGCUUAAAAAAGAAAAUAAUAAUUUGAUAGAAUUAAGUAACAUAUUUAGACGUGAAUUUGACCGCAUGCCAUCUGAUAUUAGAAAGAAAUUUGGUAACAUGAAAUCGAGUCCAGAAAAACCAACUUUUGAUAGUAUUUGGCAUGAUGUUAAAAUUUUACAUAACAUUGAUCACAACAAGAAAGAUAGCCAAAAAACCAAGGAGAUACGACGCGUUCUUGAUGAAGCAUUGGGUAUUUUAAAUAUAGAUAAUGUGGAUAGCAAUGCUUCUAACGACGAAAAAAUUAAAACUAUAAUACGAGAUUUAGAAAAUCAGUCAAGUAGCACAUUAAGUGAUGUAGAAACACAGUUUGUACAAUGGGAAAAAGAAGAACAUAAAGAAAAUAAUAACAUUAAAGACGUAUCUACACAAGAUGCAAAGAGAGAAAAGCAUAAAAUAUCUCUUGCUUUUAAAGACUUUUCUUUAAAAAUGACAGACGAUGAAAAUGGAGAACAGACAGCGGAAAAAUCAAGCAAGGAUUCGAUUGAUAUUAAUGAUUUCUUGCAUUCUUUCGGAAAAGACAGUGUAUCCACCAAAGAAGAAGCAGAAGAUGCAACUGCUUUUAUAGAAAAUAAUAAACGUACAAAUAUGAUUUUACAGGAUUAUUUUGCGAAAAAUAAAGAUGCUGGUGUUGGCCUGUUUGAUAAUCCAGAGCUGUUUAAUUUUGAUUGAUAAUUAUUAUGACCAUU